AAAUAUAUGAAAUAAAAAACUUUAAUUGAAUAAAGAAAAAAAAAGUAGGCUUGUGCUCCAAAGUAAAGUAAAAUAAAUUUUCAAAACACCUUUCCGUCCAGUUCCUUUCUUUUUUUUGACAGUCGGCAAAUCGCGUCCAUCGAAAUCAAAUUUUCCUUCGCAUGAUGUCAUAAAUUCUAUACUACUUUCAUAAAACCAAAUAUGGUGAUAAGCCGCAGUGCAGCCAAGUUGAGGGAGAACCAAGUGCAGAUCACGCCAUCCAAAUCGCCUGUUGCUAAGAAAAAUGUUAGGGACUUCGACACCGCCCGACACUCCGUUGGUGAAGCUGUGAAACUAUUGGAGGCACAAGCGGGAAUCGAGAUAAAGCAAACUUCCUCGCGUAAGAUUCGGAAGAAGCGAAAAAAGUCAGCUCCAUUGUCGCAACCAACAGUCAUCAACAAAGAACUACCGAAAAAGAAGAGGGUCAAAAGGAAGAAGCGGUCUAAGAAGCCAAAGCCCCAAAAUGCAUCCAAUAAGGACAACAAGGACAAACCUGUAUAUCGUGUCAGGACGAGCAAGGGUUUUCUAACAAUUUCCGAAGAGUCGCCUCCAAAAGUACCCUUUAUUAAGCUUAUCAAGAUCAGGUCACACAUCAAGCAACAGACAUCGGCGACUCAAGACGGAGGCAGGCGUAGAAUCUAGAUAUAAAAACUACUAUUAUCCGCUGGAAAUGUUCUAUUUGUUAGAAGCUUUUUUUCAAAAAAUUUAUUUUUUU